GGAGCUGCAGGGAAGCGGCGGGGCGCAGCCGUCGGGGCGCACGGAGCCGGAGGACUGCGCGAUGAGGAAGCAGAGCGCGCGCACGGCCGCGCUCAUCCUGUGCAUCCUGUCCUACCUGCUGGUGGGCGCCGCGGUCUUCGAUGCCCUGGAGUCGGAGGCGGAGCGGGGCCGCCAGCGGCUGCUGGCCCAGAAGCGCGGCGAGUUCCGCAGGAAGUACGGUUUCUCCGCCGACGACUACAGGGAGCUGGAGCGCCUGGCGCUGCAGGCCGAACCGCACCGCUCCGGCCGCCAGUGGGAGUUCGCCGGCUCCUUCUACUUCGCCAUCACCGUCAUCACCACCAUCGGGUACGGCCACGCCGCACCGGGCACGGACUCAGGCAAGGUCUUCUGCAUGUUCUACGCGCUCCUGGGCAUCCCCCUGACGCUGGUCACCUUCCAAAGCCUGGGCGAGCGUCUGAACGCGCUGGUGCGGAGCCUCCUGCUGGCGGCGCAGCGCUGCCUGGGCUUGAGGCGGCCGCGCGUGUCCACCGAGAACCUGGUGGUGGCCGGGCUGCUGGUGUGCGCCGCCACCCUGGCCCUCGGGGCCGUGGCCUUCGCGCACUUCGAGGGCUGGACCUUCUUCCACGCCUAUUACUAUUGCUUCAUCACCCUCACCACCAUCGGCUUCGGCGACUUCGUGGCGCUGCAGAGCGACGAGGCGCUGCAGAGGAAGCCGCCCUACGUGGCUUUCAGCUUCCUCUACAUCCUGGUGGGGCUCACGGUCAUCGGCGCCUUCCUCAACCUCGUGGUCCUGCGCUUCCUCGCCACCAGAGCCGAGGCCCCGGAGCGCAAUGCCCGCCGUGCCAGCCCCCUCCUCUGCCGCUUCCCGUUGGACCAUUGCAGCCCUGCAGCUCCCCGGAGCUCCCCCUGUGUCUCCCACCGCGUCCAUCAGCUGGAGACCUGGGCCCAUGACAACCCAGGCUUCUCGCCUCCCUUGAGCCCGGCAGUGGUGCGCCCCUAUCGCAGCAGCCCGGACAGACCCCGGGCUCGGAGGAAGUCCAUCUGACAGCCCUCUUCCACCCCAGGUCACAUGUCUAUCAACAAAUGUGUCCCUGGACUUGGAGAGGAAGAGAGGCUUCGAAGCGUCUCAGUAUCUUUUGUGGAUCGUUCCAAUCCCCUCUAGAAGUAUAUGGAAUGCUGCAUCAAAUGAAGAAGUCAUUCUACAUUCAGCCUGGAGGUGGAAA